UCAGUUCCGGUGCAAAGUCUCGAUCACCAAAAUCUUGCUGCUCUGUAAUGUUCUGAAAGAGUACGUCACAAUAACGUUGAGUGUGUAACAACAAGGACGGAACGGACGAAAACGACGAGGAAAUAUCGAGGAAUCCAAUAACAAUAUAAAACGAUGGCAUUUCGUGAAUUAGUAGAAGGAGACUGUGGAGGUUCCAGCUCUCUAAUACGUUUGGCAUCGCAUUAUGUGCGAGAUCAUGGCUUCAAGGAAGAAGGAAUUCAUCGACCAUUUAGUUCGUCGGAAACGUUCCAAACACCGGACGCAGAUCAAUUGGUCCAACAAUUCUUAGAGGAACCUGCCUGUCCACAGACGUUUCGAAUGGAUAAUCUAUUACAAGAAAUGAGGGAAAUAGAUCAGAGUAUUCAUCCCCCAAAAACUGGACCUGAGAUCAUAAGGGAAUUAAAGAAUGACUUGGACAAAGCUUGGGGACCUUAUCUUACAUCUCUUACAUCAGACGAAAUAAGGAAUCAGAAUAUUCAUUCAGAAACUGGAUCUGAGAGCAUAACGGAUUUACAGAAUGAUUUGAAUACAGCUUGGGGAAAUCCUUAUCUUACAUCUAAAUCUCUAGACGAACUAAAUGCAGACGAUAUAUGGAAUGCAUCUAUUUUACCCGUUCAAGAGGAGGAAGGCACAAAUUAUGAGAUAAAUGAAUUUGGUUUAGAUCCAAAAUGGGCAGAAGAUUUUUUGGAAUAUAAGACAGAUGCUGUACAGGAUAUUACUAAUAAAAAUAAUAUUGUUCAAAUUAAGGAAGCUGAAGAGCCAAAAUUGGCAUACUCAAGGUUUAUGAAAUUCAUGGAACGAGAAGGUGAUAUUCCUAUAGAAAGCAAUCAAACAGCAAUCAACUUGAAUGGUACAAGCGAGGAAUGGAUAGAACAAUUUAUAGAAAAUGAUGCAGCUAAUCUCAAUGACAAUACAGUUUUGAAUAAAGUAGAAGAAGAAUUAGAAUUUGCAGGUACAUGGAUAGACGAAUUUGUAAAAGAAAAUUCUGUUGCAGGAGAUAAUAUGGAGUCAUUAUGGAAACGAUUUCAAGAAGAAUGGGAUAAGAUCUCUGCAGAUGGAAACUCCUAUACGCACCCGUGGUUAUCAGAAUUCGACACAUAUUAUGAUCCAUUUAAUAAGGAAUAUGAUUUCUCUGAGACAAAUCCUAUGAAAGAUUUGCCAAAUGCUUUGGCAGAAGGCAAGAAACGACUAGAGGCGGGUGAUUUACCAAGUGCUGUACUAUGUUUUGAAGCUGCCGCUCAACAGGAUGAAAAUAAUAUUGAAGCCUGGUUACUCCUUGGCAAGACACAAGCUGAAAAUGAGCAGGAUCCUUUGGCCAUCUCCGCUUUAAAUCGUUGUCUGUGUUUGGAUCCAUCGAACAGCGUUGCUCUCAUGACAUUAGCAGCUUCUUAUGCAAACGAGUCUUACCAAAAGCAAGCUUGCCUAACACUAAAGGAAUGGUUAUUAAAGAAUGAAAAAUACAAACAUCUUGCAGGUUCAGAAUCUAAUAUUAAAAAAGAUGAACAUCCGAAUUUCAAUGUGUCUACCUUAUUAUAUGACAAAAUAUAUGAUGAAGUCAAAGAUCUGUAUAUUCAAGCCGCAAGAAUGAAUCCUCGAGAUGAAAUUGAUGCGGACGUACAGUGUGGAUUAGGUAUAUUGUUCAAUUUAUCGAAUGAUUACAACAAAGCUGUGGAUUGUUUUCAAACAGCGUUGCACGUGCGUCCCGAUGAUUCCAGAUUAUGGAAUAGAUUGGGAGCUACUCUAGCUAAUGGUCAACGAUCAGAAGAAGCUGUAAAUGCGUAUCAUCGUGCCUUAGAAUUAUCUCCUGGAUUUAUUAGAGCACGUUACAAUCUCGGCAUAUCUUGCGUUAAUCUUGCAGCAUAUCAGGAGGCAGGUGAGCACCUUUUGACAGCAUUGAAUCAACAAGCUGCUGGAAGAGGUCCACAAGCUAAUAGUGUACCUCCGAAAGCAAUGUCGAAUACAAUAUGGUCAACGUUAAGAUUAGUUAUAUCAUUGAUGCGCAAAUAUGAUUUAAUGGAAGCCGUAGAGAACAGAGAUUUACCAAGAUUAAAUAAGGAAUUUGGAAUAAUGUAAACGGACACAAAUGCUAUCAGGGAUUAUACAAUGGUUCAUUUUUAUAUAGACUAUUUAGGAAUACAUUCGGAAUUACAUAGGUAAUCAACAAAUAAUAGAAUGUCUUCGAUAUAUUCUAACAUUUAA